AUACUUCGAACGCGUUGGGAGAAUUGUUAUCUGCAAGUCUUGAAUCGUGUUAGCGCGAAAAACCAAACAUGUGCAAAACGCUUGCAGAUAAAAACAUUUGACUUAUCCCGCCACCCACGUGUAUCUGUUUACAGCUAGUGACUUCACACAUUGGACGAAUGGAUACAAGCUAAUAUGGCGUCAAAUUAACGUGUAAAAUACGCUAAAAAUUCUUGGUUUUAUAUACGUAUAACAUUUAAACCAAUUGAUUUUUAAACUCAAAACUUAUAUUUUUGGAUUCUAUUUGUCGAAUAUUAUCGGAAUAUAUAAAAAAAGUCAAUAAUUUUUGGUUUCUCAAACUGGAGAGAUAUAAGGUAGAAAGAAUUAGUAAAGCUCAAGGUUCGAGCAUAGUCAAAUGGAUGAAAUAUCCGAUGAGGAAUCUUUCCGUAAUGACAAAUCUAUGGAACAUAGAAAAUCUGAUCCGCAUGAAGGAGUUUCUUCAAAAGAUGUGACACAAAGCAGUGUCAGUAUGAGCGAAGGAGAAGCAGAUGGGGAUUUAGAAGGUCUUGCAGGAAGGGUGGUUCAAUUAGAAGAGUUGUUGCAAGGGAAAGAAGCCAUAGUCGAAGCUUUAAAUGCGGAAAUUGAUCACUUGAGAGCAGAGGCCUCAUCUCCAAACUCUUCUCAAAGCCAGAGUAGUAGUAUACACAGUAGAGAUGUCUUGUCUUUGUAUCAUAUAAAACUACAAGAGUUUGAAAAAGCAGUGAAUCAAAGAGAUAAGCUAAUAGAAGAUCUAAUGUGGUCUCUGCAGCAUGCUCUGUCUGUAAGAGAUAAUCUUGCUAGUCAAUUGAACUCCAUAAAUGCUAUGCAGAUACCUUGUAAAGAUAGUGAUAAGAAUAAGUGCUUGGAAGAAAAGAUUGAUACUUUAGAAAAGACUGUAAGCGAUCAAAGGUCAAUAAUACAAAAAUUAAAUAGCCAGGUGACCCAAAAUCAGGAAUAUGUACAGACACUGGAAAUGGAGAAAGAAACUCGAACAGCUGAGAUUAAUGAUUAUAAGUUGCAAAUUAAUAAUUUGAAUGAACAAAUCCGUCUAAAUGCUGCUGACAAAAAUUUAAACAUCGCCGAGACUUUAGAGCAACAGAAACAGUAUGAAGUGCGUGUAGAUAAGAUAAAACAAGAUAUGCAACAUAUAUUAAAAAAAUUUACAACUGAGAUGAAUAUAAAUACUGCACGUCAUCAACAGGAAUUAAAAGAGCAAGCUGCAAAGUAUGAGAAAGAGGUAAUGAAUAUCCAAAAAGAAUAUGAAGAACAUCUAAAGCAAUUGAAAGAAGAAAAUAAGACUAUGGCUGAUCGCUUGAACAAGGAACUACCAGAUCUGGAGACUCGACAUGCCAAAGAACUCUCCAUAUUUCAAACGCAGUUGGCUCACUAUAAGAAAACUGUGGAAACUCUGAAACUCGAGUUAAUGAAUCGUUCUGAAUCCCAACAAACUGCCCAAGCUGAAUUGAACGAACAAAAAUCAAAGUUUAAUGAGUUUAGAGUGCAGGCAGAAAAAGUUACACGCAUUCAAAAUCUAGAUCAUCAAAAGGAAAAAGAGAUGUUACACGAACAGAUUAAGUUGCAUAAACUUCAAUUGGAGGAAGUCACUUCAAAGUACAUAGCAGCGACAGCGGUUCUGGAAUCGAAGGAAAGCAUUGAACGUUCCUUGGAACAAGCCUUAACAAAUGCUGCUGUGUUGAAAGAAGAGAAUGAAAGUCUAAAAUUUAAACUCGACGAUCUGUCGUCGAGAUACUCGACAGCGCAGUCGUUGAUAGAAAAUAGUCAGUCUCAUGAAAGAACUUUAAGCAACAAAAUCUAUGAUUUAGAGAAAUCAUUGUCCAGACUUAGUGGUAUAAACGUGAGUACUCUAAGCGAACUGAACGAAACUACGUAUCAGACUUUUGACGAAGUGGCGAUUCAAUAUCAGUUGACAAAACAAAAGCUUGAGGAAAAAGCAGAAUUCGAGAAACUUUUAAUUUGUAAGAUUGAGGGUCUUGAAGAGGAUGUUCGUAAGUCAAAAGAAGAGUUGGAACAAGCAAAUCUUACAAAGAAAUCAUAUGAGAAACAGCUUAAGGAUAUGAAGAAUGUAUGCGACAAAUACAAAUCUGAGCUGAGUUCCUUGAAGAAGAACAGUUUGGAUGGCCAGAGUACCCUGCCAUUAGCAGAAGAAAGCAAAUCAUCUAGUCAGAGUAUGAAAGAUACCAUCAGUGAUCUGCUGCAUAAAACUGAAGAGGAUCAACAGGAAAUCAAGAAGCUUAAGAUGACCCUUGAGCUGAAAGAGACAGAACUUGCAGAAUCCAUAAAAAAAAUGUAUGAUCUGACAGACAUGUUGAAGAAAUCUGAGGAAGAGCGUGAACAGUUGAAGAUUGGACUAGCCACAGCAUGGGCACAGUGUGCAGAGGUAGAGGAAAAAUUGAAUCAGACGUUAGCUUUAAGCGAUAGUAAACUUGAUGUUUCAUUGUCAUCCAGUUAUAACAGUGCCUUAAUGAAACAAUUUAAGCUGGAUAGGAUUGUUAAUAAUUCUGUAGAUUCAACACACGAUAAAAGCAUCGAUAUAAAUAGAACUCUUGAUGAGAAAACCGAAGAUCCUAAUAUUAGUAACAAAACAGCAUCGCUACAAGAAAAAUUAAUGCUUGUACUGGAAGAAAAUAAACGGUUGCUGAAAGAAGUAGAACGUUUAAUGAGUCAACAGGCAGACUAUGAAGAAAUAAAAAAGAAAAUGGAUCACUACAUUAAUCUUUCAAAAAACCUUACCAUAGAAAAGGAACAUAAGAAUGAAGAAAAUAAAGCUUUGAAGAAGAAGUUAGAGAAUAUGCAUUCACUACAAGAUUCUGUAAAUCAAUUAACAUUAGAGAAGGAGACUUUACGUAAAGAAAUUGAAGCACUGAUUCAUGUUCAUGACGAGCAGAUAAACGCUAUAAAAACCGAAACUACAUCUGAAAUUAGAAAAGUACAAUCAUUAAUGUUGAGCACAAAAGGAGGCACAAAAGAGUUAAACGAUCUCAAAACCGAACUGGAAAUGCGACACGCGAAGGAAAUGGAAGAACUGCGUAUGUAUUUCGAACAAAAAUGUUUGCUGAUGGAAAAACAAUAUUCCGAGGAAAUAUUUAGUCAGCAGUCAAAAAAGAUGUCAGACAAUGAUAGUGAAAUUGCUGACAUAACUGAAGGCUUAUAUUUUGGAGGUGCUGGCGAUUGUUUGAACGUUUCGAAUAUCUCUGAGCAUAGUUCAAGACUUGGUUCUCCAAUAAAGGAUGAGCAAUCUAAGCAUACCAGCCAAAAUUUUAAUAGUUAUAAGUCUGAAUUAGAGUAUGAAAUAAAUAUCAAAACUUUGCAACAAGAAUUGCAAAACAGAAUAAUAGAGUUGCAGGAAGCGAAAUUGCAAUGUGAGAAAUCUUUAGAAGAACAGAAAAAUAUGUAUGAAAGACAACUAUACAAUAACAAGGACAAAGAAAGACGCGAGUUAUUGAAAAAUAUGACAAAUCAGCAUUGUCAAACAGAAUGGGAUGCGGGUGCGUUGGAAAACGGUGAAUUAACGCAACUACGAGCGGCCUACAACCAUCAAUUGGAAGAACAGAUCGCACUAGCUAAGUUGGAUAUUGUCAAUGCGCUCCAAGAACAAAUUCAGGCACUUUUAACGGUCGAGUCGGAUGUAGAAGAUAAUUGGCCAGCAGAAUUGUUGGAAUUACGAGACAAACUGACUGGUAAUGCAAAGAAGGAGAUGCAACUACUUAAAGAAACCCAUACUGAGGAAAUGCAACGUUUAAAAGAAGAGCAUUCUCGAACUGUAGCUAGAAUGAUCGAUCGUCAUCAGGAAGAACUUAAUAAAAUUAAGUCAGAAUGUGUUCAGAAUUAUGGUGAAAAAGGAGAUCUUGAUAAAAGCGUAGUAACAGAUAAUCAAAUUCUUGAAGAAAGGAAUACCUUAAGUAAAACGUGUGUAACUCUUAAAACGUUGAUUGAAGAACUGAUAAAGUACUUUAGUAUUUGUGAAGAGGAAGUUAAUAAUACUUUUAUUACCAAAGUUGUUAAGAGUCAAUUAUCCGAUAGCGUCAUUAAUGAAAAAGCCAUGCAAAUUGAUAAAACUGAUGGAUUGAAAUUCAACGAAUCAAGAGAGAACCAAGAGACUAGCUUAUUGAACUCUUCCAAAAUGAAGAUACAAAGGAUCCAUUUUGCUCCAAAAACUACCGAGAUAGUUUCUAUAAUAAAUAGCAAUGCUGAAACUUUACCAACUAUUCUGGAAGAAGAUGAGUGCAUAACAGAAAAAUUAAAGCAAGAAUUGAACAACUGCGUACGUCGCUUGAAAUCUGAAAGCGCUGAAAUUCUUAGCACUUCUUUAUCCACAAGAGAACGGAGACAUAGCUCUCCUUUGAAAGAUACUCUUUGGUUAAAUAAAAUGAAUGAAGAACUGAAUUUGAAACUUCAUCAUGCUGAAGCUCUAGUCAUCAGCUAUCAAGAAGAGAUCAGUCAUCUGAAAAUGACCAUUUUAGAUCUUCAAAGGAAGCUAAUUAAUGCAGAGAAUAAAAAAGAAACAAUCACAGAAGGUUAUGGGGAAAAUUAUGACUUGGGUACUGACAUUACUUUGCAAGAUUUCUCACAAUUGCAAGAAAAAGUGAGACAUGUAUUAUCAAAUGGAGGAGGAGAUUGCACAGAAUUGUUGCAACUGAUAGAUGAACAAUCUAGACUGACUGAAAAAUUGAUGGAAGAGGCAAAAAGGGAAAAGGAAGAUUUGCAGCAACAGCAGGUGCCUUUAGAACCUACUCCUACCCCAUACAUUCACAGGGUUUGCCGCCGAAAGAUUGAGGCAGCAGAUAAGCAAUUAAAAGCAACUCGCAGAUUUCUGGAUGAGCAAGCAAGCGAAAGAGAAGCUGAGAGAGAUGAAGCAGCGAAACAAGUAUAUGUUCUGCAGGAACAGCUUAAAGAACGUGAACGAGAAAAGGAACGAGAUCAACGCAUAACAUCUGAGCAGUCUACACUAUCACCCGAAGCAACGUCAGACGUCCCUGUGCUUCAAGCAUCUGACAUCGGUGCAGUUGUGGAGGUUCUAGAGUCUCAGAUGAGAGAGAUGUCCUCUCUUAUGUCUGACACAGAGGCCAGAAAAUCUGAAACCGAGAGUGAACUGAAAGCAGCUAUCGACAAGAUUUGGGUACUUAGAGAAAUCAUCACAGACUUGGAACAACAACUACAGAUCAAAACUGAGAAGGAAGAAUCUCUUCAAUUACAAAUCAAUCAAUUAGAAACUGUGAUUGCUGCGCAGACUAAGAACCAGCAUGAGUUGGUCCAAGAACUGGAUGCUGUUAAGAUGGGUAGUGAAAGCAAGCAACUAAAUGAACAUAUUAUUCACUUACAGGAGGAAUUAAGAAAACACAAGUUAAGUUCUGAACAAUUCAACGUGAAUUCUGCGGCAUUGAAGCAAAUGAAAACAGAACUUCGCGAUAUGCAGAAUCAUUUAACUAAAAGAAUUAGAGAACUGGAAUCUGCGCACAUGUGUAGUUCCAAUUUGAGUUUGAGUCAACCAAGCGAAGAUGUCUCUAUUAGAGAGCAAAUAGAUGCCUCGCGGUGCCCUACUCCCGAUGAUCCUACUGCACCUCCAAUGUUACCACUCGACCAGUUACUUAAACUUAAGGAGAAAAUGUUGAAACAUGCCAGAGCUGAAGAAGUAGCACUAAAAAGAAUCAAAGAUUUAGAAUUGCAAGUUACUGCUUUCAAAAACCAGAACGAGGAAUUGCAAGCAGAGCAGGAAAUUCUUCAGCAAACCACUUCUGAGCAAUUGUUUCAAAUAGAAGCAAUGCGUGGUAGAUUGGAGCAACACAAGCAAAGCGCUCCAUUUGCCCAGAGACAGGCUACAUCACGCUUAGAACUACAACUUCAUGAAGCUAAUGCCAAGUUUCAAUCUUUAGAACGAACCAUUGCUGACAAAGAUUUAGAAUUACAGGACAUGAAGAAUCAAUUGGAUAGAAUUAAUCAAUUAUUGCAAGAGAAGGAAGCAGAGAUUGCAAAUGUGGUGCAAGUAGAAAGUGCUACUAUUCAGAAGUUGAAAGAGCACGUAGAAAUUAUUGAAGAGGAGAAAAAGAUUCUUCAGGCGAAAGUUGGUGUUCAAGAGCAUGCACAGUUAGAAUUACCGAGACUAAUAGACAGUAUGUUAGCAGACAAGAACGAGGAGAUAGAUCACUUGAAGGAACAAUUAUCCAAAAAAGAAAAGCAACUUGAGAUAUAUUCUUCACUGAAUCUGGACGAAACACAAUUAAGAGAGUUGGUACGACAGACAGAGGCAAAGAAUAGUGCACGUACAUUGAGCGAUAUUCUAUCAAUUCACUCGGAAUGCGAAGAGACUACGGAAGCCAUCAGAGGAGCCAACACGACACAAAACUUACCUAACGUAUCUGCUUUCAAAGUUCCUACUUCACCUGUUCCAAAAAGUAUAGAUAAUUCAACUGUACCUUUAAUGGACAGCACUAAGAUAAUUCAGGUUCCUCUUCUAGACCUUGGUUCUCAAAGUCUAUCAGCAAAUUCCAGUCAACAAUCUAGAAUCUUAGACUUGCUGGUCAGUGGCCAGGAGUCGAAAUCUUCCACGUCGGAAAACAAUAAUUCUAACGACAGAACUGACCAUGCUACACAGUCAACAAAACAGUGUACUCAAACGCAAGAAUUACCACAAAGAGAACGUGCUGAUGAGAGAAGUGACGACAGUAGUAGUAAUAGAUCUUAUGUUCCUUCAAUGAAAUACACUCAGACGUCCAUCAAUGAGACAUUGAAAGAGGUGGAGAACUUGGAAAUUCAAUUACAGGCAGUAAGAGAGGAAUUAGAUAUGAAAUCAGCAAUUUUGACUAAAAGAGAAGAUGAUUUAAUAGCUCUGCAGAAACUUUACGACGAGUUGCAAAUGGAAUUUAAAAAUGUUGUGGAGACACUAUCCAGAGAUAAGUGUUUCUAUCAGAAUCAAUAUGAAUUGUCACGAGUAUCAGAGAAUAAAAUAAAAAAAGAUCUUCAGGAAAUAGAAAAUAUUUUAAAACUGAGUAAUGAAGAAAUGCAAGACCACAAAAAUAAGAUACAAAUGAACGAAAAAAUUAUAAUAGAAUUGAAUUUAGAGAAUAAUAAGUUAAAAAAGGAUAUCGAAGAGAAGGAACAAGAAUUAGGACAGACACGGGAAUAUACUAUUCUUCUCCAGGAACAGGCAAAGGAGUUACAGAAAUUCAGAGAUGCAAUUCUCGAAAAAGAUAUUACUAUCGAAACUAUCCAAACCCGCAAUAUUGAGAUCGAAAAUGAAAAUAAACAGUUGUACGAAUUCAAAACAAAGUACCAAUCUACCAAACAAGAAUUAUUAGAAUGUCAGAAUGAAAUUCAAAGACUGACCGAAGGUCUAAACAACAGGGAUCAGGUCAUUAGAAGAUUGGAAGAAAUGGCCAGACGCACCAGCUUCUCAGGAACAUCCUCACCUUCUAACGAAAAGGAUCAAGAAAUCCAUCAUCUGCAGGAAUACUUAAAAGAAAAAGAUAAAGUGAUUAGACAAAUGAGUGACGAUAGCAAAAGUCUGCACAAGGCUUUGGAAGCUAUACAGAAUAAGAUGAAGGAAUCUGGAAAUGUUGUGGAGUUGAGAAAGAAGUUGAAGGAUGAAAGAAAGAUAAAUGCUGAACUGAGGAAUAUGGUGGAUAAUCUAAAUAAAGAUCUGUCUGACCUAAAGUUACCUGCACAACGAUUGCAAGAUGAUAUCGACAUCGAAGACAUGGUGCAAAGAGAGUUAAAUUUAUCGGCACACUUAGAUAGAAAGAUUAUGAACGCCAUAGAAAACGAUGACGAGGAUAAGAAAAAGACAGAAAGACAAACUCCUUAUCAGGAUUUCCAAGAAGCAAAAUAUAUAGAACUAAAAUUAAAACUGAGUCAAGCUAAUAAAAUCAAUGAAGAAUUGAAGAAGCUGAAAGAUGAUUUGGAGAUAGAAACAGAAAUGCUCAAGUGCCAGAUAACAGAAUACGAAGGUCGAAUUUUCCAACUAAAGUCAGAUUUAACAGAGAAAUCAAAGAAAAUAGCGAAACUAGAUGAAGAAUUAUCUUCAGAGAAGAAUUUGAUGAGAAAAUUAAAGAUUCAGAUUGAAAAGGAGCAUAGGGCAAUGCAAGUUGGUUGUUCAGAAUUAAUAGAGACCCUCCAGAGUAAGUUGAAGAAUUCUUUAGACAAUGAGGUGAAGCUUAAAAAUGAAUUGUCCUUGCUACAAGAUGAGCAUAAGAAUUUAGAGAUUCAACUGAGUUUGAUGAAAGACCAUGUACAAUCCCAGAAAGUCGAUGACUUAUCAAAAUUAACAGAUUUAGAAGCUGAGAGGAAGAAAUAUCUGUCAUUAAUGGAAAGCUUUGAAAAAGAAGGAAGGGAAAACACAGAGCUGAAGGACACUUUGAGGAAAUUACAGAUGGAGAAGAAUCAUUUUGAGAAGCAAUUAGAAGUGGAAGUGGAGAAAAAUGAGAACUUAACAAGUAAUCUGGUUUUGAUAAAGGGAACUAAUGAUCACUUGCAAACUGAUCUCAGGCGUACCAAAGAAGAACUAAAAGCAAAACAAGAAGAAGGCGAAUGGUUACAGAAGAGAAUUAAAACCAUGUCUGAUGCGGAAACUAAGAGACAAGAACAAAAGAUCAGUGAACAUAGUGAGCUUAAGGCUUUGAGGAGAGAAAUCAAUAAUGCUAGAGAUGUGAUAAUGGAUUUGGAGGCUGACAUGAAACAGUCAAAGAGAGAAUUAACAGAAUCUCUAGAACGGGAGAUGAAGCUAGCUGAGACUUUUAAAGAAAGGGAAACUGAUCUACUUAAAAAGUUAUCGGCCGUCAAAGAUGAGGAGAAGAACUCUAGGGAUGUGAUUGCUGAGUUACAACAAGAAAUAAAAGCAUGUACAAGGAGAGAAUUGGAGCUCACAAAGGAACUGAAGAGCAGAUUUACAAACGAGAAUAUGCCUACAAAAUUCAUGCAAAAGAUAAAUGAUCUCAGUGAAGUUAAUGAAAAAUACAUGACAGAAAAGACUGUACUUCAAGAGAAGUUGAUAAAAUCAAGGGAAGAGAAGGAAAAAUUGAACCAACGAAUUAAAUUACUCGAAGAUCAAAUCAAACGAAAUAAGGGACCUCAAGUUUCAAAUGCUAGAAUCCCAGAAAUAGAAAAGUUGCAACAUUUUUAUGGAAAGUUUCUGCGAGCGGAAAGCAGACGCAAGGCUCUAACAUAUCAGAAACGAUAUUUGUUAAUUGUAAUUGGUAGCUACCAAUUGUCUGAAGAAAAUACUCUAUGUGUACUCGCCCAAUUGACCAGAGACCAACGAUCCUACGCUGUGGUAGGCCGUAACAAGAAAUCGCCAAAAGUUCGAUUUAGGAGUGCGGUGCUUGUUUUGAUUAGUAUCCAUAGAAUGAAGUGGUUAAUCGUGAGAUGGAAUAUUGGCAGACGAAUUGGUGUGAAAACUCUAUUAUGGAACACGGAUCAGUCUUUUCUACCAAUUCAAAAAGCUGCCAUAAAUCAUUCGCCUCCUGUUCGAGAUAAGACUACCGCAAAUGGAGAUGGUGGUUUUGACACGUUUGAACAGUAUUGCCAACGACUGAAGAAUGUUCAGCAGAGAUUGGGUUUAGCAGAGGCUGGGAAUCUUCAGAUUAUUCCAGAAUAGUAUUACGUUUUGUACCUAAGUUCUGUAAGUAUCGUAAACAGUGAUUUAACUAUCACGUCACUGUUUUCUGAAUGCGGUCAUUAUUGUGUGAUCCGCAUGGGAUUGCUGUUUUCGAUUGUUUCGCCAAUCGAAAACGUUCGAAACUGGGCAUUUUUAUCGGAAAACAUGUUGUUGCAAAAAUUUGAGCUUCUUUCAGCUGUAUUUUUUCUACAAAUUGUAUAUAAAAUUGUAGCAUAGAAAAUACGAUUUGUCGAACACGUGUUAAAUUUCCACACCAAUUAUUAGAGGAUGAUGUAUUAUGCGUGCUAUAAUUUUAAUAUUAUCCGUACCCGUAAUAUUUUUAAAUAAUUGAACAAGAUGACGUCAUACUAGUGCUUAUAUAUUGUGUUUUACCAAAGUUACUGAUAGAAAUAUUGCUCUUAAGCAUACUGUUAUUAUAAGGAUACAAACCUGUGCCUUGUACAUUGUAAUAAGUGUUCUAUUAUUUAUUUGUUGAUGAUCUGUACGUUUUUAUAUUGUGAAUAAAAAAUAAAAUACCUUUUUAUCA